AUAGUUGUCAGCUGAUAUUACUGUAUCGGUUUUAAAGUCGUUGAGUUUAGGUUUCACUUGGAUGCUUGUGCUUGAAUAUUACAAGAUCUUACUUUGAAACCACCCGUACAAAUUUGUUUGAAUUUUAUGAUUGGAUUUAAAUAAAGCUUGAAUUUUGAUUCAAGUUGGGGGAAACUUUCGCCUUUUUAUAGAACCACUGGAAGCUCUUAAUUUGGAAAUUCUUAAGUGUUUGGUAAUUCGAAUUGUAAACCUGUAAAAGAUUUGAAUUUCAAAACCGCACCGUUGAAGUAGCUCUUUAUAUGCUAUACACUAAAGAAGUCUAAGGCCAUUAGUUCCAAAUCCGUGAGAAUUCCAAAUAUAGUUGAAAGCGAACCUGGCCUUUGCAUGCUCUGGGUUUCUGAACUUCGUGGGAAUUGAUCACGCCGUGAAGCCGAAGCUUGAAAUUUAAUGGCAAGGAUCAAACCUCAAGCUCUGCUACAACAAAGCAAAAAGAAGAAGGGGCCGACUCGAAUAAGUGUCACUACUAUCAUAUUGUGCAAUUUGAUUGUUGUGUUGAUUGUGUUUUUCCUGUUUUCAACAUACAGACACUGGAAUCAAAGGUCAAGUUUUCAAACAGAUGAUCACUUAUCAGUUUCUGAGGAUGAAAACGCACUGGUGGAUCCAAAAAAAUCUGAUGUCCCUGGAUAUGCUGUUUUUAAUACCUCAAAAGGGUACAUAACAGUGGAACUUUACAAGGAAAGUUCUCCUGAAGUUGUUGACGAAUUCAUUGAGUUAUGUCAGAAGGGGCACUUCAAGGGAAUGCUUUUUAACCGUGUUAUAAAACACUAUGUCAUUCAAGCUGGGAAUGCUCAAGGGGUUGGAGCUACUGAAGAUUGGACUUCGAAAGGAAAGCAUUAUGAUCAUCUUGACACAAGUCUGAAACAUGAGGCAUUCAUGCUUGGAACUUCAAAGGGUAAACGUGAUGACAAAGAAUUUGAGCUUUUCAUUACAACUGCCCCCAUCCCAGAUUUAAACGAGAAACUUAUUGUAUUUGGGCGGGUCAUCAAGGGAGAGGAAGUUGUUCAGGAAAUCGAGGAGGUGGAUACAGAUGAAAACUAUCAACCUAAAUCCUCUAUUGGCAUCAUCAAUGCGAAUCUCAAACAGAAAAUCUGAAGGCUCCCCAUCUUGAUUAAAGAGCAUUUUAGCUCUGCUUCCUCCUCUCCAGAUAAUUAUGUUCACAGGGACCUGGUGCAGUUUGUAAUUCUCGUCCCGAGGUCAUCAGCGAAGGAUAUUAAACCAUGAUGCUGAUCUUGGCUUUGUUGCAUGUUUUGGCUAAUCAAGAUCUUGUCAAUUCUCUUUAUGCAAGUUGCUUCGAUGGCUUUAUAACGCUAAUCUUCAUUGCAUUACAAGUUGGAUGUAAUUUUUCACAUAGGUUAUGAGAUUAGAGUAGGGUUUCUUUGGUUUUGAGAGGAUUUUUUUUCUUUGAAGUUGGCUGGAUACUGAAAAGCUUAGCACUGUUCUCAAUAUAAUGCACGGUAAAAACACUGGAUUCAGUUCGAAAUGUAUGUAAUGAAAGAUCAUGAUACUCAUUUCCAUUUGCA